AUGUGUCGCCUGAGGUGGAUGCGUUACAUAGAUGACUUGAAUGUAUUAAUCCCCCUACUACUCCGUCUAUCUGAUACAGAUCAUUCAACGACUGGGAUUCUCCACUGUCAAGACCCAUUUGUGGACAAUUACUCAAACCUAACCGGUGCAGUGGUAUUGCCACACAUCACCAAAUCAUCCGACUAUAUCUGCGAACGAGUAUUCCAUAUUGUAUUCGUGUUAACGGUCUCGACGGCGGCUAUAAUCAUAUCGAGGGCGAUCGACAUACUAGGCAAUAAGGUAGUCGCAUACUUAGCCUGUUUCCUGGUGGCAGCAGGCGCUUAUAUCCACUCCUAG